GAAGUGAUGCUUGUGUCAUCACCAGGAUCCAUGAGAGUCAGAAGGGGGAGGAGCGAGGGGGCGUACCUCCCGCCCUCUGGGGCCGGACAGCCAAUCGCGGCGCUCCGUGGAUUACCCUGCUCUCAUAAAGAGCCUGACCGGCGCAGUGGCUCAGUUCACCUGAGAACAAACUGCGCGCAACAAGUGGCUCAGCUGAGAAGAAGAAGAAGAAGAAGAGAUGGAUCACUCCAAACACACUCAGUACGCGUCCGGUGAGAAGAAGGACACCGGGGACGGCGGCUCCGUGCGCAACGGACACUUCGCCGGGCCGGUGAAGCGGCCAGCAGCCGGUGCCGGUGCCGCCGGUGCAGCCGGUGCCGGUGCCGCCGGUGCCGGUGCCGGUGCCGCCGGUGCAGCCGGUGCGCAACAGGCUCCGGGCGCGGAGUCCGGCGCGUCGCCGCGGCCGCCGGUGAUGGAGAGCUGGCGGGAGGAGCGCACCCGCAGCGUGGAGGACAACGAGAUGAGCCUCCCGUCGCUGGCCGCCGCCUACAGCACCAUCCUGCGGGGGCUGGGCGAGGACCCGCAGCGCCAGGGGCUGCUGAAGACCCCCUGGAGGGCCGCCACCGCCAUGCAGUUCUUCACCAAGGGCUACCAGGAGAAGAUCGUAGACGUGAUGAACGACGCCAUCUUCGACGAAGACCACGACGAGAUGGUGAUCGUCAAGGACAUCGACAUGUUCUCCAUGUGUGAGCAUCACCUGGUGCCCAUCUUCGGCAGGGUUCACAUCGGUUACCUGCCCAACAAGAGAGUCCUGGGCCUCAGCAAGCUCGCCAGGAUCGUUGAAAUCUACAGUCGUCGACUUCAAGUUCAGGAGAGGUUGACCAAACAAAUCGCCGUGGCGAUCACCGAGGCCCUGCAUCCCACCGGGGUCGGCGUCGUCAUCGAGGCAACUCACAUGUGCAUGGUGAUGCGCGGCGUUCAGAAGAUGAACAGUAAAACCGUGACCAGCACCAUGUUGGGCGUUUUCAGGGAAGAUCCGAAAACCCGGGACGAGUUCCUGACGCUGAUCAGGAGCUGAGGAGGACGGAGCCCCGCCCCCGCCUCCUCCGCCUCCUCCUCCUCCUCCUCCUCCUCCUCCUCCUCCUCCUCCUCCUGUUGCCUGGGUUACCUUCACCUGCACGGACCAGCCACUCGUGCGAAAUGUGUAUGUGUGUGUGUGUGUGUGUGUGUGUGUGUGUGUGUGUGUCCAUCCCACCAGUGGCGGCGACAGUGUGUUCACUGUGUCUGGAUUUUUUUAACAGGUCAGAUCAGGCGAAGCGUCAGAGGCCUUCGACUGACAUGUUGUUUGUUUUCAGGUGACGGGACUUUACCCCCUUUUGUCCACGAGACUCGUGUGUGUGUGUGUGUGUGUGUGUGUGUGUGUCAGUCAAUCAUCAGCCACUGACGCCGUAACACAGAAGAAGAGUUUACAGACAGAAAGACAACAGACAGUCGUGAGGACGCCGGUGCCGAGAGAGAAUCAGAGUGAACGUCUGCGUGUGAAAGAAAAAAAUACAUAAAUAUAUUAUUUCAUUAUCUUUAAAAAUAUAAUUUUCCUCUCACAUAAUAACUGAUAACUCGACAGUGAGGUUGUGACGUUCACGUGUUUUGUUUUGAUUUGACAGUUCGUGACAGUUAUGAAAACACGACUCGACGUCAGAGACGAGUCACAGACGAGUCACAGACGAGUCACAGACGAGUCACAGACGAGUCACAGACAAGUCACAGACGAGUCACAGACGUCACUGAAACAUUUCCAGAUCCCAGCGUCUGGAAAAAGAAAACGUCACUUCUGACAUUUUGCAGACAAACGCCACAGAUGAUGAUGGUGAUGAGAAAUAUCAGUAGAUAUAAAGAUCGAUGAGACAAAAUCAUCAUGUCGAUCGUGUAACUCCUCAGUUUAAAUCAAAUCACUUCUUAUUUCACUUUUGAUUCACAACGUCUCGGUCUGAGUUCAUUUAAAACUCAAACUGAUUCCACGAAGUCGAAAGUUAGAAAAAUACAAAUUGCAAUGAAACUUGGUGAUAAAUCAUUUUGGGGAAAACACGAGCUAAAGUCACGGAGCUUCAUAUGAGAAUGACACCAGUUCUUCUCAUUUUUACAGUUAUUAUUAUUAUUAUUACUAUUAUAGUUAUUACAUUAGUCCUGUGUUGAGAUCUUCCUUCUUGUGCCAACUCGCCUCUCGAUUUAAACCAAAAAGCGACUUCGCGGCGACGUGACGCUGCAGAUUCACUGUCGUCUGGAAGGAAACGGAAAAUCUUAAAAGAAAAGUGUGCGUGGAAAAUGAUAUGUGUGUGUGUGUGCGUGUGUGUGUGUGUGAGCAUUCUGUACAGUUACAUCCAGCAGAUGAACACAGGAGAUAAAUGUGGUGAUUUUGGGAAGUUUUAACUUGUGUAACGUGACGACGACGUGUGUGUGUGUGUGUCUGUGUGUGAGACUGUGUGUGUGUGUGUGUGUGUGUCUCUGUGUAUGUGUGUGUAUGUAUAUGUAUAUCUUUGUGUGUAUGCAUGUGUGUGUGUGUAUGUGUGUG